GGGAAAAAAAAAAAAAAAAAAAACUCUUUGAGCUAUAAUAAAUCAUCCGUGUUAAGAGAGAUUGCCAUUAUCUUCGGAGGAGAAAAUAUUUUGUGAAUUGGAGAGAAGUCAUAAUGAGACUUGAGGCAUGGUUCGUGCUUGUUACACUUUCUCUGGUUUUGAAUAUUCCGUUCAACGGACUUAUCUUCGGAUUGCCACGUCAGAAAACCGAGGAGGCUUACGUCACGCUUCUGUACGGAAAUGACUUCUUGUUGGGUGCCCGAGUCCUCGGAAAAUCGAUACAGGACACCGGCUCCACCAAGGACAUGGUGGCUCUGGUCACCGAUGGUGUUUCCGAUUAUGCCAUGAAACUUCUUGAGGCCGAUGGGUGGAUAGUGACGAAGGUUGGAUUAGUUGAAAAUCCAAAUUAUGAAGUACGGCCAAGGAGAUUAUGGGGUGUAUAUACAAAGUUGAGAAUUUUCAACAUGACUAACUACAAGAAAGUUGUGUAUCUAGACGCGGACACUAUUGUGGUCAGAAAUAUUGAGAAUAUGUUUAAAUGUGGAAAAUUCUGCGCCAUCUUGAAGCAUUCUGAGAGAUUUAACGCUGGCGUUUUGGUAGUAGAACCAUCUCGAAAAGUUUUCGAUGACAUGAUCAGCAAAGUGAAAACUCUGGAAUCUUACACCGGAGGGGAUCAGGGGUUUCUAGAUGCGUACUUCUCCGGAUUUAUCAACGCACGUGUUUUUGAUCCAAAUUUACCCCAAGAAGUGGUGAAUUCUAAACCAGUUCCUGAAAUGGAGCGGCUCCCAACUAUAUUCAAUGCAGAUGUUGGUCAAUACAUGAUUUCUAACAAGUGGAAAGUAAAUGAGAGUGAAAUCAGUGUACUGCACUAUACAAUUGGUCCUCUUAAACCUUGGGACUGGUGGGCAGCUUGGCUUUUGAAACCUGUUGAUAUCUGGCAGAAUAUUAGGCUACAGCUUCCGGAAUCCCUUAAUGGAACUGGAGGAGGCAGCACUCCAUAUGAAAAUGUUCUCAUCAAAAUUCUUGUUUUGCUACCAUUUUGUGCUUUUUUCUUUUGUUACUAUCGAUCACUUCUCCAGACACGGGAGUGCUUUAGUACAGUAUACGACCAUAUCAGACAUAUAUACUUCAAGAUCCGGUAUGCUGGACCACAUGCAUAUGCUGGUGUUUCUACAUCAUCCACUGGUAAUCCAAACCAUCAGGCUAAGGUUCCUUUUUACAUAGGUGGGGUUUCGGUGAUCUUCAGUUUCAUGGCUGCUCUUGCAGCCCUUUCACUUGCUCUUGCAAUUGUGCCGCGACAAGUGACGCCUUGGACUGGUUUGCUUUUGAUGUUUGAGUGGGCAUUCACCAUCUUCUUUCUCUUGUUUGGAGGAUAUCUUCAUUUGAUAUACAAAUGGGGAAAGGCAACAUCAGUCCAAUCAGGAUCCCCUGCCUCUCGUAAUUCCGAAUCGCUUGAAUAUGAUUCCGGAAAAGGUCAUCAGCGACUUGCAUCGUCAUGUGAUAUUUCUCCAUGGUAUUAUUGGCUGGGAAUGGCAUUUUUGGCUCUUGCUGCCCCAAUUUUACCAUGUUUUCUAGGAUUUAAUACUCUCCUUUCAAGGUUUGCGUCGAUGAUUACUGGAGUUAUAAUCUUCGCGUCAUUCAUGACAUUUGCCUCCGACCAUCUUGCAAUCAGAUCAUUCUUGAGAGGUCUUGAAGACCGAGACCAUACGAGAAGUAAGAACAGAUGUUUCUUCCUUUGAUCACCGCAACGAUGUUUACUUCAAGGGCUGAUUUUCAAAACUGUAAAGAGGAAUAUCAUGGAAAAUGUAAUGUUAAAACGGAAUGUAAAGUACAUAAUUGGUUUUCAUUAUUACAGUAUUUACUUAUCUAUUUAAUGGUGAAAUGGGAAACACUCAUCUAUUUAAUGGUGAAAUGGGAAGCACUCCAAAUACUUUUUCAGUGUUUAAGGCAUGUUUGGUCUUUUGAGUUGUAUUGAAUUUAUUAUAUUGUAUAGUAUUGUACAACACAU